ACAACACUUGCCCAGUUUGUAUUCAAUGACGAAAAAGUUAAAAAAGAGUUUUGACCUCAAAGCAUGGGUUUGUGUUUCAGAAAAUUUUGAUAAUCUUGAGAUAUUAAAAGCUAUUUCUGAGGGGAUCAAUGGUACGGCUAGUAACUUUCAGUACUUGCAAUCGUUGGAAAUUGAAAUUCAAAAGACUUUAAAAGGGAAGAAAUUUUUUCUUGUUUUAGAUGAUGUUUGGAAUGAAAAUUAUGGUGUUUGGGACAAUUUCAUUAAAGUUUUUAAAUGUGAGGCACAAGAGGUUAAGAUCAUUGUUACUACACGAAGUGAAAAAGUUGCAAGAGUAGUCACAGUUUCAACUCAUUAUUUUCUAUAUGAACUCUCAAAUGAGGAUUGUAUGAAAAUAUUUGUUCAUUCUGCAUUUGGAAAUAGAAAUCCCAAUGAAUUUCCACACCUGUUGGAAAUUGGUAAAGAGAUUGUUGAAAAGUGUAGAGGCUUGCCGUUGGCUGCAAAAACACUUGGGGGUUCAUUGCGUUCAAAUUUUAAUCAAAAUGAUUGGAUUAAGAUUUGGAAGAGUCAUAUUUGGGAUUUACUAGAUGCCAAAACUAAUAUCUUUCCGGCAUUAAAACUGAGCUAUCAUUACAUCCCAUCACAUCUGAAGCGAUGCUUUGCUUAUUGCUCAAUUUUCCCAAAAGAUUAUGAAUUUGAAAAGGAGGAGUUGAUCCUUUUGUGGAUGGCAGAAGGUUUAUUGCAGCAACCCAAAGAAGCUAGGUGUAUAGAAUUAGAAGAAAUAGGUGAAGAAUACUUUAAUGAUUUAGUAUCAAGGUCAUUUUUUCAACAAUCAAGUAAGUCUAAAUCAUGUUUUUUAAUGCAUGAUCUUAUCAAUGACUUAGCAAAAUCUAUAUGUGGGAAAUUUUGUUUCCGAUUGGAGGAGAGUAAUGAGUCUAAUGAAAUAACAAAAGAGACACGUCAUUUGUCAUAUUACAAAGCUGGCUUUUAUGUCUCUAAGGAAUUUGAGAUCCCUUCAGAAGCUAAGGGUUUGCGAACCUUAUUGGUAAAAAGCCACUUACCAACUUGGAUUUUUGAAUAUAAAAACAUAGUGAAGAUAGAUCUUAAUUUUUUUCAGAAUUUUAAAUGCUUACGAGUGUUAUCAUUGUAUGGUGCAUGCAUAAAGGAGUUACCAAUUACUGUUGAUAACUUGAUACAUCUACGUUAUUUAAACACUUGUAACACUGGGAUCAAAGACUUGCCCGAUUCUUUAUGUAACUUGUAUAAUUUGCAAACCUUGAUAUUGUCAUCGUACAUCACCAAGUUGCCUGCCAACACGAGUAAACUAAUCAACUUGCGCCACCUAGAUAAUAGUGAAGCCAAUAUGGAAGAGAUGCCCCCUCAUAUGGGUAAAAUGAAAAAUCUCAUAAAAUUAUAUGUUUUUUGUGUGGGCAAACAUGAUGAUGGGUCCAAUAUUAAAGAGUUGGGGGAGCUUCAGCAUCUUUCUGGAAAAUUAUCUUUGUUGAACUUGGAAAAUGUUCGAUGCAUUGAUAAAGAUACUAAGGAGGUUAUAUUAAAGAACAAGCAAGAUUUAUCUGAGUUGAAGUUGGAGUGGGAACAUGGUCAUGGCACUAAAGAUUCAGAAAAGGAAAUUAUUUUGCUCGAGAAGUUGUGUCCUUGCACAAACUUGAAUUCUCUCACCAUCACUAAUUAUGAAGGUACAAGCUUUCCAAAAUGGUUAGGAGACUCGUCAUUCUCAAAAAUGGUGUUCAUAAAGCUUCGUAAUUGCUUGUCCUUGCCUCCGCUUGGACAGCUACCUAGCCUCAAGAGCCUUAAAAUUGAAUGUUUUGGUGAAAUAUCAAGUGUGGGCCUUGAGUUCUACGGGAAUACAAUAAACCCAUUUAGAGCCCUUGAGUAUUUAUCAUUUGAAAAUAUGCCAGAGUGGCAGGAUUGGGUUCUUUUUAAAGGGGAAGUUUUCACUUGUCUUCGAGAACUUUAUAUUAAAGAUUGUCCCAAGCUAAGUGGGGGUCUGCCCGUUCAACUUCCGUCUUUGACCAAACUUAAUAUCAGAAAGUGUGAGCAGCUUGUCGCUUCGCUUCCUAACUCUCCAGCUCUCCAUGAAUUAGUAUGCUCGGGAAAAAUGCAGAUUCCAAGUGGUCAUGACUAUCAAUCACUUAAAAGUGUGUUCAUAGAGGGUGGCGGUGAUUCAAUUUUGUCAUUUCCACCAGAAUUUGCUUCCCUCACUUGCUUGGACUUCUGUGGGUGCCCUGAUUUAGUUUCCUUUCCCAGCAGAGGACUGUGCGCUCCAAUUUUGUCUCAGAUUGUAAUCCAUGACUGCAGAAACUUAAAGUCAUUGCCUGAAGGGAUGCAUACCCUCCUCCCAUCUCUCGUGCGUUUGGAACUGCGAUGGUGUCCAGAACUGGAAUCGUUUCCCGAAGGAGGUUUGCCCUCCAGCUUAGAAAGUCUUGCUAUAUACGGGUGCGAGAAACUCAUUUCCCGUCGCAUGGAAUUGGGAUUGCAAGGUCUUCACUCUCUCAGAAGUUUCACAAUUUCUGAUCAUCGCAAAGAAUUGGAGCCCUUUCCAGAGGAGGCAUUGCUGCCUCCUAAUCUUACCGAUUUCGCCAUCGGUAUUUUACCAUAUCUAAAAUCUCUCAAUGGUAAGGGGUUUCAAACCCUUACCUCUCUUAAACACUUAACGAUUUGGGACUGCAAUAAUCUUGACGGCUUACUAGAAGACGUUUUGCCCACCUCUCUUUAUCAGCUAGAGAUCUAUAAUUGUCGUUUGUUGAAAGAACGGUAUGGAAACGAGAAAGGGGAGGGCCGGGUCAAGAUUGCCCACAUUCCCAGAAUAUCCAUACGUUGAUUGAGCUAUGAGUCAGAAGAACGCUUCUGCCCACGUACUAAUUCUCAUUCUUGCUGGAGUUCCUCUUGCCUCAUUAUACAUUUGCUACAUUUCUACUCUGUACUUUUGAAUUACAUGGCAAAGACUUUUGCAGGAAUGUUUAACCCAAGGGUCAAUUUUACUUGUAAAUAAGUGUCUCACACACCUGCUGCCAAUUUAUGCCACUGCUAGCUGCUGGUCCCUUUGCAUUGUAUAUAAAUUUCUAAAUCUCUGAUAUAUUUUCAAGUCACUGUGAAAGCUCAUCCUUUUUUUUUAAUUUGAGAAUCAUUUACUCUCAUUCUUGCUGGAGCUGCUCUUGCCUCAUUAUACUUUCACUGCAUUUCUACUGUGAACUUUUGAAGUGCAAGACAAAUACUUUUGAGGGAAUAAUUAAAACAAGGUAAACUACAUGGUAGUUGAUAGCUAGUGCUACUUCUUUACCUUCUAACAGCAGCUGAAACACACUGAUCAAGUGUGGAGAGGGACUUGCUCAGGCUUUCUCUUCGAAAUUUUGGAACUAGUGGUAGAUGGGAAGAUGUGAAGUCCCCUCCGGAGGAUAGGUUGCUGCUUUUGGUUCUUUUUCUCUUCCUACCUUGAAAGAGCUCAAAAGGUUCAGCAUGUGACUGCUCUUGCUGUCCUCACCUGUUGGGGCUACCACUACCACCAAGAACAUUAAAAUGUCCUAUUGUGUGACAAUGGUGCCAGAGGCAGAGGGGGGAAAGCUGGCCCAAAGAUUGCUGAGAUUUUUGUUCCAUGACAAAUCAAGUCCAAAGAUGCCCUGUGAUUGUUAGGGCUGGCUGAAGAACGGUGUCAUAAUCUGUUUCUGCCUUGAGAUCAAGCACUUUUUAGGUGUUGUCCUUUGUUGAAGGAAACGUUCCAUCAAGAAGAAGGGCAAAGAAUGGAGCAAGAAUGCCUAUUUUCUUCUGCAUAUUAAUAGAUGAUGAAGUGAUCAUGCGGCUAAAAGUGUAGAAAGAGUCCUCAUUUGCUGUUUUCUUCAUUCACUUGGCAUCAUUUAAAUAUUAGAGUCAGGUAUUUCUUUGGUGCUUCCAGCAAUAAUAUGCUAUAAAUAGCCCUGUGAGAUUCAAGCUUGUGAUAUGAAAACUAUUAUCUUGCUUUCAAAAUCUAGGUUGACUUCAGCCAACCAACUCAAAGUUCCUCUGCAACCAACACUUUUGGUAAGCACUCAAACCUUUUUCUUCGAGAUUUGUACAAACGGUUUAUAAUCGUUUAUUUUUUUGCUUUUUUGUUUUCAAGAUUUAUUCUCAAAGUUUUCUAACCUUAUAUUGUUACUGGUACCUAGAGGUUGGCCCUAAGAGCAUUUAUUGUUUAGUUUUGAUCAAGACAGGACUUUCCAAGAGCAAUGGAGAAAAUAACCACUGGUGGUCCGCAUUGUCAGCAUUGAAAUUUGAUUAAAAGGAAAUCAUUUCCUUCAGAAAAAAAAUAAAUAAAUAAAUAAAGUAUGAACCAGGAUCUUGAAAUUUCUUCAACUUCAUUAUUUCUUUGUGAAAUGUCAAGCAAAUGUUUUGAGAUAAUAAUUUUUUUCCUUUUGCACAUAAUUCUUGAAUUCAAAUUAUAUUUUCUAAGCCUUGCCAUAUGCUUGACAAGAGGAGGUUGGGAAAUUCAAGAGAAACUUAUCAUAUCAUCGAAAGAGUAUUGGUGGUGGUAGCAUUCCAAAUCUCACCAGGCUAAUGUUCUGGCUUUCUCAUUUCACCACCAACAAAUGCCCUUAUUUGGCUGUGGAGGGCUUUGGUAUCUCAUCUACUGAUGAAUAAAUUUGAGCAAUCCUAUGUAACAUUGCAAGAGAUUUUUAGAGACAGAUCUUCCUAUAUGCUUCUUCUGAUUAGUCCUAGAUGCAACAAACACACUGCCUGUGGAUGGAUCGGGGCUUUUAAGAAUCAAACACACUGCCUGUGGACGGAUUUGGGCUCAUAAGACUCUCUUCAAGAUUUUGGUAUUGGUGGUGGACGUGAAGAUUUGAAGUCCUAGCCAGAGGAAAAGUUGCUACUUUUGUUUUUCCUCUUCCUGACUACAAACAGCUCAUAGGUUCAGUAAGUCACUCCUCUUGCCAUGGUUGCUUUCGUCACCAGUAGGAACUGUCCAACUCUCUUUUUCACAUCAGGAAUAUUAUAUUGUCUUAUGCUGUGACAAUGGUGCCUAAAAGAGACUGAGAAAGCUGGCUGUUGACCCAAGAUUGCUCAGCUCUUGUUCCUUGAAAAAUCAAGGCCAUUCUUUAGGCUCUUAUGUUCUCUCCAACCGGAAGGUGCUCUGUGAUUGUUAGGUUCAUUCAAUCGAUUUAUUUGUUUAUAAACAUUCAAAGAUUUAUGUCUCAUGGUGUAAACUUUGGACCUCUAUCAAACAUCUUUGCAAACUCUUCUCUCUGUGUACAAUUAUACAAUGAAGAGCAAUGGAGAGACUCGGGCCUCAACACCUAGAUUUGAUAAAAAUUGUAAAUAAAUGGUCAUUUUCAUGCUUAAGAACAUUAUGGAAGUGACAAUUUGUAUUUGUAAGCUUUUAUAUAGCUAAGAACAUUAAGUGUGAAGAUAUUUGAGCACACUUGUGUGGGCUCCAACA